UUUAGUUUUGUCAUACUUUUACUUGGGCUUACUGGAAAUACUUGCUAAACCAAUUUUAAUGAAUUAUUUAAGUAAAAACAAAUUUGUUGGAAAAGUAUGACAUCUGAACUACAGUCAGCACAAAAUACUUUAUUCCAACGCGUCCGUGUUGGCCAAGCAAAAAGUGCGGAAGUUUUUGGUCAUGUUAAUAAAAUAUUGAGGAAUUCAAGUAGUUUGACAUCGAGAUAUUUCAAAGUCAAUGUUGUCAAGUUUCUGCAGGAUAAUUGCCAGGCGUAUGUCACUGACUUAACUGUUGGUUUGGGAAUCCUUGAGAAAUAUGGGAAGAACUUGAUUAAAGAUGAGAAACCUCCACAAUGGAGAGUUGUUCGCUUUUCAAACCAAAUAUUUCACUCCAAAGUUGAUACAAUUAAGGGUGCCAGAGAUAUCCUUAACUUGAUGGGCUACACCACACCAGUGAGAGACGGUUUAUCUUUUCCCAACCAUGUGAUUGAACCUGACAUAAAUAACGUGGUGAUGGUAACAUCGGAUAUCAUAUUGCUCAAGUUUGAGUUAUUGCUCAUUGACAAUGCCGAGCAUCCUAAACCACAAGAUAUUAACUCCUACAGGCAACCUCCACGCAAGAUGUCAUCCCCAGCUGUAAAAGCAAGUUCACUAAACAUGAGAAAUACAACGGAUACUGUGCUACGGAGAAACAUUGGUUCUCCACGUGCAUCGCCCACAAUGUUGGAUGACUUAUGUGUGGUUUGUGGGCAGAAGCAAGCAGAGUUGCAUUGCAAGACAUGCGACAACAAACAAUGCAAACAAUGUGACAAGAUAUGGCAUCAAUGUUCAAACAGGCUUGAUCAUGUUAGAAUUGAAGUUACACGACAGUCACUGGCCCUACAUGGUGUGUCAACUACUGUACAACAGACACCAACACAUAAUAACCAAACAAUUCAACAAAAUAAUGGACAUGUACCACAACAAACUGCUGUGAGACAAACAUCUAAUAGACCAGGCCAAGGUUACGGAAGUACAAGUGAAGACACAUGGGAAGAAAAAAUCAACAAAAAAGUUGAAGACUUUCUUUGCAUAUCAGAUGAAAAUAAACGGAGGGAAAAAGUUUAUCAAUUCUGUUCCGAGAUUGAAACCCAGAUAAAUGUUUUUAAAAGCGGGGCAAGUCGGCUCUCUAACUUAUCUUCAAUCACUAAGCAUUUGGUUGAGCGAGCAAGUUUAUUGGCUUCGAGGAAAAAUGAGAUGUUGAGUUUAUUUGGUUUGGAAGAUCCACACAGAAGAAGUAGUCCGUCAACUUCAUUAAAUGUGGAUGAAGAUCGAAUUGAAUCGCCGUCUUUUUAUCAACAUAAUGAUACAUCAACAAAUAAUCAACAUUUUACAACAAAACAUCAACAUGCAACAAAUAUUCAACCUACUGUAUUCAACAAUCAACACAUUUCAACAAGAAAUCAACAUGUUGAAGCAACUAAUGCACCUGGAUUAACAAAUACCCAACAUACACCCACCGUUCAACAAGUCUUAUCAACAAAUCAACACACUGCAACAAAUAUUCAACAUGUUGCAACACUUUAUCAACAUCCUUCAAAAACCAAUCAACAUCAACUUGCUUUAAUCAACAACAAUCAACACUUUCAACACGGCCCAUCAAGUUACCCCCCUAUUUUAUCAACAAUUCAACAUAUCCCACCCACAAAUCAACACGUUGCGCCCACAAAUCGACAAGUUUUAUCAACAAAUCAACAAGUUUUACCAAGUUAUCAACACACGCAACAACCUUAUCAACACUUUCCAUCAAAUUAUCCACAAAAUCCACCAAAUAAUCAACUUGCCCAAAUAAGCAUUGCAACCCCCCCACCCUCAAGUCGCUACACCCCCCAUGAUAUUCUGCAAAACAACGAAAACUCUUCUAGUUUGUUUCAUGAAGUGAGAGGCCCCCCAGAAAUUUGCUACAUGCCCGAUAGUUUUGAUAAACUACUUCCACCAUCAGGUCCCAACUCAACGGAGCCAAAACAUUUGAACAACUCGCAAACUGACAAUUUUGCUGCGAAAGUGGAAAACAGACAACCUGAUUCAGAAAUACAAACCCACUACCAGUGUGAAGAAACAUCUGGCCAAGAAAGUGACAAUUUUUCCCUCCCUGACCUACAUGAUGUUAGUUACACACAAGAUAUUGAAGUGUUUACAACAUACGAUCAAGUUAUAUCAUGCGUUGAUAUUGAGCCUUCAUCUAUGAAUGUAAGGGAACUUGAACAACAGACAAAGAAGGAAGAUAUAAGAUUAAAUUGCUUGCUAAUGGUGGGAAAUCUCAGGGAAGCAGAAAGAGAAGGUUUCUCACCAAAACAAGUUGAAAUAGCGAUCAAACAACUCAAGACAAGCAGUAAUAAUAAUAUGAUGGGCAAUCCAGUUCAGUGGCUGAAAGAUAACUGGAUGAAUAAAGUUGUUAGUUUAACUGCACAGCACCCCCUGUUCAAUGUUGAAGAAGUCAGUGAUUUAUUGGUCGAAAGUGAAUUUGAUGAAAAUGAAUUAAACGCAAAGUUGAAGCUGAGAAAAUUGGCAAAGAUUGAAGCUGUGAACACAUCAGGAGAAUAUUUAGUCGAUGAUUAUGAACGAUAUUUACUUGAUCACCAUGGUGAUGUCAAUCAAACUAUUCGUGAAUUACAACAACAAUUACUUCAGUCUAUUCAUCGUAGAUUAAGAGACAUUGAAGAAAAUGAAACAAAAAUAACGGAUUUUAUUCAAAUAACUGAAGAAACAAGAGCAAAGAAUGCAUUAGCGAGUUAUUUUCUUUGCGACAAUGACAUUAUAUUGAGUAUGAUCUACAGGAUACUACAUAGCAAUAUAACUAAAGUUGAAGACUAUUUAAAUGAAUGUAACAUCGACGAUUUAAUGGAAGCAGCAAGAUCUUUCCCCGAUGAUUAUGAAGCUGCCGUCAAAUUCCUGGGAAACGAAUGCAAGAUAUGUUUUAAAAACUUCCCAAAAAGCAAGAUCGAAUGUAUGCCAACGUGCACAGAUAUAGAAUGCAAGUAUUGUAGAGGAUGUUUGCAUGAAUACUUAAGACACAAGAUAAACGAGACACCACGUUACGUGCGUCAUAUUGUGUGUCCCGUGUGCUUACAACCAGAUAUGGAUGAAGACGGAGAAAGCGUGGAGAAUUAUUUGAAUCAUCUCGAUGCGCUUAUCCGAAGAGGUUUGGACGACGCAACUUAUCAGUUGUUUCAGAAAAAGUUGCGAGAUCAAACACUGAUGAAAAUGCCAAACUUUAGAUGGUGCGCUCAUUGCGUCAAUGGCUUUCUAUACGAGCAACAAGAAAACAAUUUGAAAAUGGUUUGUUCUGCUUGUGGCAAGGCCACAUGUUACGACUGUAAGAAACCAUGGGAAGACCAACAUGAAGGAAUAUCUUGCAAUGAAUUCCAACAAUGGAAGGAGAUGAACGAUCCAGAUUCACAAGCAGCGGGGUUGGCCGCUCAUUUAAAAGAACAUGGCAUCGAUUGUCCAAACUGUAAGUUCAGAUAUGCCUUAAGUAAAGGUGGUUGCAUUCAUUUCAAAUGCUCCACUUGUUCAUUCGAAUUCUGUCGUGGAUGUAAAGGAUCUUUCAAGCAAGGCAGAAGAUGCACAUUAUUCCGAACAUGCCAAAACAAAGGUCUGCACGCGCAUCAUCCAAGAGAUUGUUUGUUCUACCUUCGAGAUUUAGAAAUUGAAAGAUUGCAGAAGAUUCUUCAGGAUGGUGGAAUACCACAUAGAACAGAAUGUACAAUCUCGAACAAUACUUGCCAGGUGAUGGAACAACAAGAAACCCCCGAUGGAUUGAUCGAUGCUUGCUGCGGGGGCGAAGUGCAUGAGAAUAACGCAGACUUGUGUGAAGUACAUUACAAGGAAUAUUUGGUGAUUUUAAUCAACAAGAACCACUUGGACCCUGCCACAGUGUUCACAGGAGAUGAAUUAGAGACAUGUCUGCACAGAGAGGAACAUCCAAUGCCUCAUAAACAAGACAUGAACGAUGAACAAUAUCAUGAGAAAUUAUUAUCCAUAGUUUGCACUUACCCUCUUAUACAUACAAAGUUGCAAAUGCAGCAGUGACAAGCUUAUAUGCUUUGCAAUAACAAGUAAACAGGCUAUGUUAUAUGUCUUACAUAGAACUGUGGGGUGAGGUGGGUAAGGUAUCAGAACUAUAAAUCUAGCAAUGUUUUAAAUGUCGUAUAUAGUAUUGUGUAAGGUAUUACUCUUACUAUAUUAAACAGAACUAUGUUAAACGCUAAACUACAAACGCAGCGGCGGUUAUAUUACUGUGGGGUAAGAUGGAUGCUAACGAAAUCCAAAAUUAGGCAAUGUUGUUUUUAACAAUUACCAACGCUCUUUUAGAGUCGUGAUGAUAUGGUAAUAUAAUUCUGUAAAUAUUCUUUGUUUUCUACCAAAUGGGACGAUAAAAGAGAAUGAAAACAAAGGCUAAAUUAUCCCAACAUACUAUAUCAUUUCUACCAUAUGAUUGCACUUUAUUCACUGCUGGUUGUUGAUUUUUUGCCACUUACAUUGUGUAUUAAAAUUUACAUUAAGAUUAGAAUUUGUAACUAACACCAUUUAUGU